CUCCUCCUACCCCGGGGCGGCCGAGCUCCUGCAGCUGUGCGGUCCCUGUCUGUAUCGGGGAGGAUCCCGGGGCCGUUACCAGGGAAACCGGGGACCGAGCAUCCUGCGCACAGUCUUACAAAAUGGCCUCGGAUAUCAACGAUAUCGGUGUUUGGAGACAAACGAAAAUUCUUUUGUACAAGAAUUAUCUCAUCAAGUGUCGGACAAAGAAGGACAGCCUACAGGAGCUGCUUUACCCCAUAGUCUGGUGGUUGAUCUCGUUGAUGUGGGUCGGCCUGAUGAAGCCAAGCAAACACUACGAGUCCACUCCCAGUACGUUACUCGGGGACCUCAAUUUCCAGACGUACCCGCCGCUGAAUAUCGGCUUCGCGCCAAGCAACAAUGUUACGCGGCACAUCAUGGAACUGGCGGCCUCCGAGUGCCUGAGAACAGAUGUAUCGCUGAGUCCGUAUCCCAACGAGGAGGCGCUAAAAGCCGCCAGCUCCGUUCUAGAAAAGCAAUUCUUCGGGGUGGUGUUUAAGGACUCCAUGUCGUACCAGCUGAAGGUUUUCCCGGAGUCCGUGCCGGGGUCUGCGUUUUAUUUAGAGCCAAGAGAGCCGUGCUAUUCCUGGAAGUGCGAAGCCGCUAUGUAUUUUUCUUCGGAGUUCACAUCUUUGCAAGCGUGCAUCAAUUCUGCCAUUAUCAAGCUUAAAACCAAUUAUUCUGCCUGGGAAGAGCUGAAAGGGACGCAGGUGGUCAUCAUGGGCGAGGAGUCGGCGGUGGAAGUGGUCACCUUCUACCGCGUCCUAAUGUCCAUAUUCCUGGUAAUGGCCUUUUCGCCGUUCAGUUGCUCCUUGGCCGUCCACGUCGUAGCCGAAAAGGAAAAAAAACUGAAGGAAUUCCUGAAAGUAAUGGGUCUUCACGACACUGCUUUCUGGCUGCCGUGGGUUCUCCUGUACACGUGUCUGAACUUGCUGAUCUCCGUGGUAAUGGCCGUUAUUACCACCGUCUUCUUCCCGUUCAGUAAAAGCAACACGUUCCUGAUAUUUCUGCUGUAUUCUCUGUACGGAAUUUCUUUGAUUUUAUUCUCCCUGAUGUUGACGCCGCUCUUCAAGAGGGCCAAGCAAGCAGGGGCCAUGGGCUUCAUGGCCACCAUGAUUCUCGGAUUCAUCGGCAUCUUCAUUGUCAUGAAGGAAGACUUCCCCAAAUCCUUUGUGUGGUUCUUCAGCCCGUUCUGUCCCUGCACAUUCAUGAUCGGAGUAGCCCAGAUUAUGCAUUUAGAAGGCUACGAAAAGGGUGCCCAGUUAGCGUAUCUGAAGGACGGUCCGUACCCGCUCAUAAUCACCUUUAUUUUCCUUGUUGUGGACAGCGUGAUGUACCUGCUUCUGGCUUCGUACCUUGAUCAGGUCCUGCCGGGGGAAUAUGGACUCAGACAGACACCUUUUUACUUUCUGAAACCAUCCUACUGGUCUAAGAAGAGGAGGAACUACGGAGAACUCAGCGAAAACAGUUUGAAUAGCAAUCAUAACCCAAGCGAUGUGAUGGAACCGGUAUCUGCAGAGCUUGAAGUCAAGGAGGCUAUCAGAAUCAAAUGCAUCGGCAAGACUUUCAAGAAGGAAGGGAAGCAGGUUGAGGCUCUUAACGGACUGAGCUUCACGAUAUACGAAGGUCAAAUAACGGCUCUGCUUGGACACAGCGGCACCGGAAAGACAACCCUUCUGAAUAUUUUAUGUGGUCUCUGCCCUCCGUGUGAAGGGUUCGCCACUAUAUACGGUCACAGAGUAACUGACAUAGACGAGAUCCUACAAGCCAGGAAGAUCACGGGAAUCUGCCAACAGAGCGACGUCCACUUUGAUAUUCUCACGGUGGAAGAGAACCUGUCCAUCUUUGCCUCGCUCAGAGGAAUUCCAGAGAAAACCAAGGAGCAGGAGAUAAAUAAGAUCCUUAACGAGCUGGACAUGCAGGUCCAGAAACACAAUCAAGUCCGGACGCUCAGUAUUGGGCAGAAGCGGAAACUGUCUCUGGGGAUAGCGAUUCUUGGGAACCCUAAGGUGCUACUUCUGGAUGAGCCCACAGCCGGCAUGGACUCGUGCUCAAGGUUUACAGUCUGGAACCUCUUAAAGAACAGAAAGGCAAACCACGUUAUUGUGUUCAACACGCAUUGCAUGGAGGAAGCUGACAUCCUCGCAGAUCGUAAGGCGGUCCUCUCACAGGGGACCCUGAAAUGCAUCGGUUCCUCCUUGUACCUCAAGAGCAAAUGGGGUGUUGGCUAUCGUUUAAGCAUGGACAUCAACGCAUCUUGCAACGUAGACUCUCUGACGGAGAUGAUCACGCGUCACAUACCAGGGGCAAGCGUAAUGCAGCAGACCGAGACGUCCCUCGUGUAUAACUUACCGCUCAGAGACACUGACAAAUUUCAAGGACUAUUUUCUGCUCUGGAAGGCGACUCCAUCGUCGGGAUGAUUACCUACGGAGUUUCCAUCACCACCCUGGAAGACGUAUUCUACAAACUAGAGACAGGGGCUGAAAUGGAUAAGACAGAUCACAGUAUUUUCAGCCGGCAAAAGUCGGAGGAAGACGUUAAAUCCAAGUCCAUGGAAGAGAUCGAGCAGAGCCUGCUAACACUGCCGGACCCGGGACCUUACUUGUUGAGCGGCCGGGCGUUGUGGAAGCAGCAGGUUGCCACGCUUGCCAAGUUACAUUUAAAGAACUUAUACAGAGAGAGAAAAUCCUUCCGAAGCGUGUCAUUGUUCCUCUUAAUGUUCCUAGCCGUCCAGGCUGCUGUGGGUAUUCUACAGCAGUAUUACCACCGAUUCCUGGCCCCCACCAAACUGGCUUCCGAUCUGUAUUUUCUGCGCCCCGGCCAAAAAAACCACAAGCAUCUCACAAGUCUUUUGGUGGAAAACUCCACAGGUACCAACAUAGAUGACCUGAUUGCGAAUCUGAACAGCCAGAAGAUUAAAGUUGAUAUAAUUAAUGAAAACGACAGUUUUUCUUUCUCUCCGCACAACGGCGCUCUAAACGUGUUUCGUUCAGGCGAGUCUUACACAUACGCGGUCGUUUUCAACAAAACCAUGAUCCACUCUUUGCCAGUCCUCGUGAGCAUCAUAAGUAACACUCUGCUCCGGCAGCUUCGUGUCAACGAGAGCAUCCAGACCUGGAGCAGCCCCUUCUACCAGGAAUUCCCAGACACAUCCGUCAGACUGGAUCUGUAUUUUCUAGUUGGCUUCCUUGGGGUCAUGGCGGUUAGCAUGUUGCCGUACAUCGCCAUGGAAAACACAUACAACCAUAAGGUUAAAGCGUACACCCAGCUGAAGAUGUCCGGCUUGUACCAGUCGGCGUAUUGGAUGGGACAAGCGGUGGUGGACGUCCCUCUAUACUCUCUGAUCCUCCUCAUAAUGAUUGGAAGCUUGCUUUUAUUUAACACAGGGAUAUAUCUGUAUGCUGGAACGCUUGUGACCUUGAUUUUCUGCACGAUCGGAUACAUUCCUGCCGUGAUUCUCCUGACCUACGUGCUUUCUUUCACCUACAAGAAAAUACAUGACACGCGGCAAUGGUGGUCUAUAGUCUUCUCGCUGACCGUUGCGUCGUCCAACACUAUUACAGAAAUAGCCCUGCUUAUUGGGAACGAUAUGAUAGCCACGAUCUUCCAUGACAUCUUCUGCCUCUUUAUCCCAAUUUACCCUCUCAUAGGCUGUCUGACUUUCUUCAUAAAGAUGUCUUGGAAUGUGUCCCAUAGCGAGGAGAACAGUUAUACCCAGCUGGGAAGGCUACUGGUGACCGUUAUAUCCCCAUACAUGCAAUGCGUGAUUUUAUUCUUUAUCCUCCGUUAUCUCGAAAUGAAGAACGGUGGGAAAGCUUUAAGGGAAGACUCAAUUUUCAGGACCAAAGCCAAAAAAAAAAAGGUGUGGAAAUUCGCCGAAGUUGCCGAGGACGAGGAUGAAGACGUUCGCUUGGAGAGGAUGAGAGCGGCAGAAUCCAUGACGGCAGAAUGCAACGAGAAACCAGCUAUUCUGAUAAGCGGAUUACACAAAGAAUACGAAGAAGCCGGCAAAACGAUCCUAGGGAAGACUAUGAGGAAGCUGGUGGUAAAUAACGUCUCCUUCUGUGUCAAGAAAGGAGAGAUUUUGGGAUUGGUAGGUCCAAACGGAUCUGGAAAAAGCGCCCUGCUUAACAUUCUGGUUGGACAAGCAGAACCGAACGCCGGGCAGGUACUGGUGGGAGAUGAGACGAGGAGAGGGUCCGGCGCGGUGAGAUUUGUAGGUUAUACCCCCCAGACGAGUUAUCUCUGGCCUGAGAUAAGACUCCAAGAACAUCUUGAGAUCUAUGGAGCCAUCAAGGGUAUGAGCAGCAGCGCCCGUGCAGACAUCUCGAAGAGAAUAAUCGACACUCUGGACCUGAAUGAACACAAACGGAAUCCGUCCAAGAACCUGUCAACAGGAACCCAGAGAAAGCUGUGUUUCGCACUGAGCAUGCUGGGCAAUCCCAACAUCGUGUUACUGGAUGAACCGUCCACUGGCAUGGAUCCCACGGCCAAGCAGCGCAUGUGGAAACUGAUCCGAGCCACAUUCAAAGGCAAGGAACAAGCCGCGUUGCUCACCACCCAUUACAUGGAGGAGGCAGAAGCUGUCUGUGACCGAGUGGCUAUCAUGGUGUCUGGAAAACUGAGAUCCAUCGGCUCAGUUCAGCACCUGAAGAGCAAGUACGGACGCCAUUUCUCUCUCGACUUGAAGCUUGAAGCAGACGCCGGCGUUGACAAAGCAGCUUUGGUCCAUACCAAGAUCCUUCAGAUCUUCCCCAGCGCGAGUCGCCAGGAGAGGUUCGCUUCGCUGUUGUCUUACAAAAUUCCCAAAGAUGACGUCCAGUCGCUGUCACAGGCAUUCGCCCAACUGGAGCAAGUAAAACGUGGGUUUGAUAUUGAAGAGUACAGCUUCUCUCAAUCAACACUCGAACAGGUCUUCAUCGAACUGGCAAAGGAACAAGAAGGUGAGGACUGCGUGGCGACAAUGAACAGUACCUUGUGCUGGGAGAGAAAGCAGGAGGACAGAGUUGUCUUCUGAAUACGUCCACCUCGUCCAAAACCAACGCGCGCGUGCUAGCUUCUUUAAGUAUCUCUAGUCUUAACCCUUUUCACGCUCGAGGGGCACUGCUGUUCCCGCUAUUGUUGACCUCUCCGGCAGCGAAGGUGUGAUAGGGAAUCUGUGGCAGAAAGGGUUAAUAAUGACGUAUCUUGAGGAAGCGGUGGGUUUAUGUUUCUGACCCGUAAUGCGGGGCAUGGAAGCCGCAUUCCCGACAGGCCACUUCUGACCCAGACUUUGCCUCAGCUGUAGGCAGGGCAGAAAAAAUAA